AUGGAAGAUCGAAUAAGUGCAAUAGGACAUUCAAUUGAAAGUUUUCUAUGGGGAGAUAGUCGUGCACGUCAUACAUUCUUAAUAGCAUGUACUGAUGAACACCCCUUAGUAUUAAUUGAAGCUGAUCUUGGUGGUCAUGCAAAAGGUAUUCAUAAAAGUAUGAAAUUAAAUAUUAUUGAAUUGGAUGAAGUGCCUAAUUCAACAUCUAAAAUUGAAUUCAUUGGUGAAACAACCUCACCAACAGCAUUCGAACAUCUUAUUCGAUCAGCACAUGAUUAUGUAAAGAAACAUCCACAUUAUCAUGUAUUCUCAAAUAAUUGUCGAACAUUUGUUGAAUAUCUUAUUGAUCAAAUACCGGAAUUUCGCGAUUCUGUGCCGCGUAGAAAUGAUUCUUUACUUGAAUAUUAUCAUGCACGAGCAAAAACUCAAAAUCCAGGAGCUUUACUGAGAAGUAAAAAUUUUUUCAGAGGUAUUUGUGAUCUUCAUCGACGUAACCGAGAAUAUAAGUAUACUGGUCGAUUAGUAUUACGCAUAGAAUUACCUAAACUGGAUAACAAUAAUGAUGCUCAAGUUAUUCAUACAUGA